AUGGCAACAACGUCUUUGCGCGCGGUCACGCAUCGCUUGACCACUACGCCUGUUCAGCAAUUGCCUCUAAUUGCUUCGUUUUUGGCAACAUCGCUGAGCGAUUGUGGAGAGCUUCUGUCUGCGCCUCAGAACCAGAAGACUGGCAAGUCCGAUUCGGAUAACGCUGUUCAGAUCCAUAAGCUCAAGACCCGUCUCGGGAGUCUGUUGCAGGACAGGACCUUCGAAGGCCGAUGGACUGGUGUUGUGCUAGUGAAAGCGACUGUGGAAGCCGGACAAUGGGAGGUUCUCCGUGGAUGCGAACCUUUGGUGCGCAGCUUGAUUGCGAUUUUGGCGAAACCGGACCCCGUUACCACGAAGAAGAUGUGCAUUAUUACAUUGACGCGCAUUUUUCACCUUACCUACCAGUACCCCACGCUUGUUCGUGAGAUCACGACACCAUCACUGCCGGGUUUCAUUACAUCCAUUCUGAACCUUGUGUCCGUUAAGCCGUCUUCCGAACCGAUCAGAAAACUGCGGCCCAGCACACCAUUCCUGGAAAUUGUCCUUCAUGCGAUCUUGGAACUGAUCGCGAGGCACCCGACAAUCUUUCGUCCAUUCUCUGCGCAAAUUCACAGCUUGCUUCAGGCGAUCAUUGGCUCUACCUCACCUACAUACCCCGAACCAGUGGUGGAACUCGCGCAGCGAUUGUUCAUCUCUCUGCACAAUUGCGCGCCAAAAAACUCUUCCGGGGAUGAAUGGAGGAAUGCGACCAUGUUUACAAUCUCUUCCAUCCAUAGAGCAUCAGACUACGUUUUCAGAGGUAUCAUUGAGCAGUGGGAAUCUGUGGAUCCGAAUUUGCGACAAGCUGCAGCACCGCAGGAUUACACUCAAGAGGCGGGAGACGACGGACCAGACCCGUUGGGACUGUCUGAAUGGCGUGGGAUCCAUUCUGGUGUGGACAGGAUACUUGCGCUUUUGCGACUUUUAUCUACCUUCUUCUCGACGCCUACGGCUUCAGCGGUCUCUAUUCCCAUGGGCCAGAUUCUGGAUUUGACAUCACGUCUGACAUCGGUCGUUGUGCCAACAGAAAGCGGGGAUGUCCAGGCCAACCCGCAAAUCAGUCGGGAAGAGAGGGAAAGUCUGUGGACAGAGCUUCCUCGUAUUCACACUGCUUGUAUGAAGCUCCUCGAGAGUGCUGUGAAUGCCCUGGAGACCGGUACCUUGUCUGUUGCACAGACCAUCCUGGAGCAAGGAGCCUGGGUCUUCCGCGCAGAGAAGUUCAGCAGAAAGGUUCGUGUGUCCAUGUAUGGCCUGGUCCGUUCCUUUCUGCCGAUCGUGGGGCCAUCCAUGACGAAGCAGACUGUUUCUUCUCUGACGGAGCUGUUCCGAACAUGUUGCGUUGACCUCUUGCCGCCAGUCGAUGAUUCAAGCUCCUCUGCAGGAUUGUCUACCGAUGCGAAGGGAAAGUCUAAAGCGAGUCAAGUCACUGUGAACGCAGACUCGUUCUUGAAUUCCGGAAAACAAGGCCGCCAGGCGAAGCAAGGUCCUUCGUUCCCUGAACUCAAGCGCGCAGCAUCAGAACUCCUUCCCGUCAUCCUCACCUACGUCCCGACGGAGCUUCUUGCGCCCUCCCUACGGGCCGAGAUUGACCGUACGAUCAUCCUGACUGCGGACAAAAACGCCAUGCUUUCAAGUGUUCUGAACCCGCUUCCCGCCGUGAGAGGCCGCGGAGCCGGAUCCAGUAUCAUACCAUUCUUGGUCCGAAGCUACACGGACGAGAUGGAAGUGGAAAGCCUUGUUAGACCCCGGAUGCCCGUGUUGAUGAGCACACCUGAUGUGAACGGCACUGUUGUCGUUGAUGAUGACGAAGACGAGGAUGAAUACAUGUCUAGACCUGGGUAUCAGCUUACCUCUCAGAGCACUGGUUUUCUUAGAACGUCUCCUCCACCUGCGGCCGCCAUUUCCAAUAACCUGGCAGCGAGCGUUGAAACUUCCCAGACGUACACACCCGCACCCGCACCCAUACCCUCUUUAAACAAGCGAGUCUACGAGGAACCCACUCUCCAGGCUCCCGUGGCUCAGCCCGCAGAAAAGAAAGAAGAUGCACAAGUCAAACGAGCACGCUUCGAAAAAGAUAUCUCCGCUGCUUCUGCUCCCGCCCAGCCAUCCCUGGCGAAAGAAUCCCCGGCUACUUUCACAGGCGCGCCCGCUAUCCCUGUGGAACAGUCCUCGGUGACAAAUGCGUCAGCACCUCAACCUGUGCAGACUGCGACUUCUUUCCCGAAGCCAGUCCCCGCGACUAAUCCCGAUGUGAAGACACCUGCUACGGGUGAGGAGGAAAGUGAUGACGAAAUGCCGACUUUGAACCUGGAGUCUGACACCGAUGAUGAAGAUGAAGAGAUGGAUGGGUGA